AUGGAGCUGCGCUCAGAGCUGCCCAGCGUGCCUAGUGCGGCGACAGCAGCAGCGACAGCGACGGGACCUCCCGUGGCAUCGGUGGCGUCGGUGGCCGCGGCAGCGGCCGCCGCAGCAUCGCUACCAGUGAGCGUGGCCGGGGGCUUGCUGCGGGCGCCGCCCCUGCUGCUAAGAGCAGCAGAGAAGUAUCCGCGAACCCCCAAAUGCGCGCGCUGCCGCAACCACGGAGUGGUGUCCGCGCUCAAGGGCCACAAGCGCUACUGCCGCUGGAAGGACUGCCUGUGUGCCAAGUGCACGCUCAUCGCCGAGCGCCAGCGCGUCAUGGCGGCACAGGUGGCGCUGCGCAGGCAGCAGGCGCAGGAGGAGAACGAGGCGCGCGAGUUGCAACUGCUGUAUGGCACUGCCGAGGGCCUGGCGCUGGCCGCCGCCAACGGCAUCAUCCCACCGCGACCCGCCUAUGAAGUCUUUGGUUCAGUGUGCGCCACCGACGGCGGGGGGCCCGGAGCUGGAGCACCCGCGGGGAGUGCUGGGGGCGCAGGGGGCACAGGGGGCGCAGAAGUCAAGCUGCAGAAGUUUGAUCUGUUUCCCAAGACGCUGCUUCAGGCUGGCCGCCCCGACAGUCCGCAGCCGCAGCCAGUGAAACCCUUGUCGCCCGACGGCGCGGACUCGGGUCCCGGGACCUCGUCCCCAGAGGUGCGGCCCGGCUCAGGCUCGGAGAACGGCGACGGCGAGUCCUUUUCGGGGUCGCCUCUGGCCCGGGCCUCCAAGGAGGCAGGAGGCAGCUGUCCCGGUAGCGCGGGCCCUGGCGGUGGCGGCGAGGAGGACAGCCCCGGCUCCUCCAGCCCCCUGGGUUCCGAAUCGGGGUCGGAGGCUGACAAAGAAGAGGCGGAGGCCGCACCGACUCCGGGGCUGGGCGGUGGCCCCGGUCCGCGGCAGCGGACGCCGCUGGACAUCUUGACGCGCGUCUUCCCGGGCCACCGGAGAGGCGUCCUGGAGCUGGUGCUGCAGGGCUGCGGCGGCGACGUGGUGCAGGCCAUCGAGCAGGUGCUGAACCACCACCGCGGAGGCUUGGCGGCCGGCCUGGGCCCCGGCGCGCCGCUGGAUAAGGCCACGGUGAGCGCAGCCGUCGCGGUGGAGGACGCGUGGCCCGGGCGCGUGGAGGCCGCAGCCGCCGGAGGUCCCGGGCUGCCCGCUCCACUGCAGACCGGGCCCGCCGCGCCUCCGCACCACAGACCCUUGCUGGCCGGGGCCAUGACGCCGGGCGCGCUGGGUUCGCUCAGCAGCCGCUCGGCCUUCUCGCCGCUGCAGCCCAACGCCAGCCACUUCGGUGCCGACGCGGGCGCCUACCCCCUGGGCGCGCCACUCGGCCUGAGCCCGCUGCGCCUGGCCUACUCGGCGGCGGCGGCCCACAGCCGCGGCCUGGCCUUCAUGGCGCCCUACUCCACCGCCGGCCUGGUGCCCACGCUAGGCUUCCGACCGCCCAUGGACUACGCCUUCAGCGACCUCAUGCGCGACCGCUCGGCCGCCGCCGCCGCCGCGGUGCACAAGGAACCGGGCUACGGGAGCGGGCUGUACGGGCCCAUGGUCAACGGCACCCCCGAGAAGCAGUAG